AAAUUAAACCUUUUCCAACAAAUGUAAAUGUGAGAAAAGGAAACACAAAAGAAGGAAAGCUAAAAACAUUCGUGAAAUUCAAUUCUUUGUAAUUUGGUUUUGUGAAGGGGAGGGAGAGAGCUUUACAGUAAUGGCAGCUCCUCGGAACUUAACCGGUGACGGCGGCGGAAAGCUAGUCGUGAAGGACGAAGAAAGCGCCGCCGCUUCUUCCUCGAAACGCACCAAAUCGGAGCGCUUUCCUCUUUCACGUUGGGAUUUCGUCGUGUUUUUCACCGUCUUCCUCGUCUUCACCACCGGACUUCUCUGUAUUUACCUCACUAUGCCGGCCGCCGAAUACGGCAAGCUCAAACUUCCCAGAACCAUCUCCGAUCUCCGAUUGCUCAAAGAUAAUCUUGGGUCUUAUGCAAGUGAGUAUCCAGCAAGAUUCAUUUUAGGUUACUGUUCCACAUAUAUCUUUAUGCAAACCUUCAUGAUACCUGGCACAAUCUUUAUGUCAUUACUUGCCGGAGCCCUUUUCGGUGUGGUUAGAGGUUUUGUUCUUGUCGUCCUCAAUGCAACUGCUGGAGCUUGCUCUUGUUUCUUCUUAUCAAAAUUGGUCGGAAGGCCUCUGGUUUGCUGGCUGUGGCCUGAGAAGUUGAGGUUUUUCCAAGCCGAGAUUGGGAAAAGAAGAGAUAAGCUACUAAACUACAUGCUCUUCUUAAGGAUAACACCGACACUUCCAAACCUCUUCAUCAAUUUGUCUUCUCCCAUCGUUGACAUACCUUUUCACGUCUUCUUUUUGGCGACUCUAGUCGGUCUUAUGCCAGCUUCGUACAUCACCGUUAGAGCUGGUCUGGCUCUUGGAGAUCUCAAGUCAGUGAAAGAUCUGUAUGAUUUCAAGACUUUGUCAGUGUUAUUCCUCAUUGGAUCCAUCUCCAUAUUCCCUGCUCUGCUAAAGAGAAAGAGAGUCUAUGAAUGAAGACUGCUGCAUUCCGGGAUUUUAAGGUGUUUAAGAAGAAGAUCGCUUUGGAGACAUCACAGGGUAUUAAACCGCUAACUCUGGCUUUGAUUGGUUUAUCACUUUUUUGUGGAUUCCAAAUUCUUUCUCUCUAGUCUCUCUCACUCCCUUUGUAUUAAGUGCUUUGUCUAGCUACUGUAUUGAAUCUUGAUUCCGAGAUUGGUUCUGUAUAUUGUAUCUUUAUUCAGAUA